GGAGGGUCGGUCUCGAGCCCGUCCUAUCGCAUUAGUUCAGCGUAUUUGAGCGGAUCCACCUAUGAUUCACCUUCUUACGGCAGAUAUGGACUUAACUCUUGCAGAUUGCGCCCCCUCUAACUCACUUAACCAAAGCAAAGCAAAGACAAAACCAAAGCAAACCAAAGCAAACUCCCAACUCAACUAAACUAAACUCUAAACUCAACUAAUCGAACUACCGAGUACCGAAAAACAACAAUAACUAUAAUCUCUGAAUCGCUGACUAACCCCGACCCACGACCAGUUCAGUCCCAGCCACACCCCCUAUCCCCAGCAAUCGCUAGAGACACUACAUGACUAGGACUAGGCGAAACCCCAUUGGCUAGGAGAACUCUCCUUCGGCCUCCCCUUUUUAUUCUCGCCCAAAAAAAACUACAGCAAAAAUAAGCAAAUAAAAAAAAAACAAAAAAACACUGCCCCCAGUAUAUAGGGCUCAGUAUUGAAAAAAUAAAAAACUAAGCAGGUCGUGACUUUAAAAAUCCUCAAAAUUUGAAUCCCUUUCGGCCAGACCUCAGUUAAAACUCAACUAUCAAACAAACAAAAAUAUACUACAAGCAAACAUUAACUGAAAGUCGGAACUAGCAAAAAAAACACCAGUCCAGGCAGAUUGGACAAGGAUCUGGAAGUGAAGGGAGAAUCCAGAUUGUGCAGACGACUGUCAGCUGAUGUUGAAUGAUGUUAGACGUUAAGAAGAACAGAGGUUUCCACAAGACUCCAGCAUCCAGACUGCAACGCGGAGGUGAGCCAGCAGUAGUAGCAGUAGCAGCCCCUUCCGCAGCAGCAGCGGCAGGUGCAUCCACAGUAGCUGCAUCCCAUCCGGGAGCAGGAAAGGUAGCAACCGCCACUGGUACCACAUCAGUGGCAUCCGGCAAAGGAGCAGGCGGCUCAAAGCGAGGCAUCCAUAAUAGCACGGCACGGGGCCGGGAGGGUAGAUCGAAAUACUCCACGGGACCAGGAAUCCCAACCGGAGGAGGUGCUUCAGUGGGAGUGGGCAAGGGGCAAGGUAAACACGGCUCAUCAUCAGCAGCAGGAGCGGCAGGAGGAGGAGGUGGCCGCUCAGUGACGACGGGAACAGCGGGCGGAAAUCCCGUGCGGACGGCCAAUCAGCGCUACUUCCUCGUGCCCAGCUUUAAGGACCCCACAUUCCUCAAGGAAGAGUGCGAGCUGGCCCAUGCCCAGGUGACGGGUGCUGGUGCGGGCAAGUCCAAAGCCACCCACGGCAAGCAGCGCUGUAGGGUGGGUGAGGAUAACAAAAACAAUAAUAACCAGCACAGCAGUCAUAACAGCCACCAGAACCACAAUAACCACAGCAGCCACAAGGCACAGGGCCAUGUGGCAGGUGGUGGACUAGGACCAGAAGGAGCAUUGAAUGACAUGCCGCGUCCGCCGAUGUUCAAUGGCAAUCAACAGGCGGCACCAGCAGGAGCAGCAGCGACGACGACGACGACGUCGAGCUACAACAGAAGCACCAUUAACGGUGGACACGGUAACGGGCCCGUCCACAAGCACGGCAGCAUCAGGGCCUCUGGCACCCAGGAGCAACAGCUAACGGCGGGACAGAAGGCGCUGCAGGCAGCCACAGCCUCACACACGGGCAGGACCCUUGGCAAGCUGAAGCCACUGACCUUCGGCAGCGGCUCCAAUAACAAUAACAACAGCAACAAUAACAACAGUAACAACACUAACAGUACCAGCAACCACAGCAACCACAACCAAUAUCAGAACCACGGCUACACCAGCCACACGAUCAUGAACGGACACAAUAAUAACAACAGCAACCACAGCAGCAGUGUCAACGGCAGCAACAACAACAUGCAGCGUGGACAGAAACUGAAGCAGCAGCCACAACAGAAGCAGGAGGCGCAACAUCAGUUGCAGCAACAGCUGCAAGACGAUGACAUCAGCUACAUAGACAGCGACGAUACGCCUUUUCCCUCCACAUCGGGAGCAGCAGCAGCUAAAGUAGCAGCUGGUUCUGGUGGAGCAGGAGCGGCUACAGCUGCAACUGAAGCUACAUCUACAGCUGCAGCCAAUCAAAGCGAUCCCAUGUUCAGGAACGUUGGCUACCACAAGCGUCCUAGGUCCACGAUAAUCACAUCCCACUCCAACUUUGCCGCCAGCUUGGAGAAGUUCAACAACCCGAAGCUAGUCAAUGGAACCCCUUCGGGAACAGGGAGGACAACUGAGGCAGGCGGUGGCCAACCACAAUCCGUGCUAUCCAGCAAUGCACGUUGGUAUGGCAUCGAUUCAGUUAGCAUUAAAGCCUCGAUUGAAAAAUUCAACAAUCUUAGCUGCCAGAAGCAGCGUCAGGGGCAACAUUCGGGCAAGGAGACGACAACUGGCUACUCCACGUCUCCCGCCGGAGGAGCCAGAGGAGCCAUGCCACGAGGUACUCACAUAGCGCAGACCUCGUCGAUCGGGAGCAGUGGAAAUCUGCAGCAGCAUCGCUACAGCGGCGACCUGGAAAAUGUUCGUUUAUCGGCGGGCCAUAGCAGCUCCCUGACGCGGGCCGCCUACCGAACCACGGCCCCCAUGAACUGUGUCGUCGCCCCGUUGCCGCGAGCAGUGCAGCCCGUCCUAGUGGCGUUCAAUCCACAGGUAAACGACUCCAAGACACAAUCAACCACUGCAGCGGCCACAACAACACUAGCUACAACCACAUCCGCCACAUCAGCCACAUCGGGCACUGUUUCCGCUUCCGCCUCCGGUUCGUCGUCUUCCGUCUCCACAGCCACGGGCACGGUCACGGUCACAGUCACGGGCUCGGCGGCAGCCAACGAUAGUGCCAGGAACGUGGUCAGCACACGGAACGUCCUGCCGCCCGUGUCGCCAACACCCAGCCGCUACUGGGAACGGGAUAGCAGCAACACCACCAGUCGCCAGUACUCCUCUUCCAACUCCUCAGCUCUGAGCGGCAGCAGCAAGUACAACACCGACGAGGGCUACCGGAGCGCGGCGACGCAGCGCGAAGAGAAAUCGGAAGGUCUGUGCGGCCUGAGAAACAUCGGCAACACCUGUUUCAUGAACUCGGUCAUCCAGUGUCUGAGCCACACGACUGAGCUAACCCGCUUUCUGCGCACACACCAUGGCUCGCGCUCGUCCGCCACCAAAGAUCAGCUAAUACUGUUCGAAUUUGCCAAACUCAUCCAGGAGAUGUGGACAUCAAGCGUGCACACCGUAACCCCCAUGGACCUCAAGCGGGCCUUCUCUGCCAAGCAUCGCAUGUACAGCGACUACAAUCAGCAGGAUGCGCAGGAGUUCCUGCGCUUCUUCCUCGAUUCGCUGCACUCGGCCCUCAACUCGGGCAUCAAGGGCGAGACCCUCAAUAUUGACGAUAAUCUCAGUGACAAUAAGAAGGCCGAUCUAACCUGGGAGUGGUAUACAAGGCAUGAGAACUCCUUGGUACGCGAUCUCUUUGUGGGACAGCUGAAGAGCACUCUGAAGUGCACAACAUGCGGCAACACGAGCGUGACCUUCGAUCCAUUCUGGGACUUGAGCGUGCCGCUGCCCUCCUCAUCGCGCUGCAAGCUGGAGGCCUGCCUGGAUCUUUUCAUUCGCGAGGAGAUUCUAGAUGGCGACGAGAUGCCCACAUGCUCUAAAUGCAAGACGCGUCGAAAAUGCACCAAGAGCUUCACCAUUCAGCGUUUCCCCAAAUAUCUUGUCAUACAUCUGAAACGCUUCUCGGAAACGCGCUGGAGCAAGCUGUCGAACAUUGUCGAGUUCCCCACUGCUGACCGCGACCUCAAUAUGGCCUCCUAUGGCGCAAACUCAAACUCGAAUGUGCAUUACUCUCUCUACGCGAUAUCGAAUCAUAUGGGAUCAACUGCUGGAGGUCAUUAUACGGCACUUUGCAAGCAUCCAGUUUCUCGCAAGUGGCAUGAGUUCAAUGACAACAUUGUGAGCGAUUCCGUUUCCGAAAACUUUCUCGUUUCAUCCAGUGCUUAUAUACUUUUCUACGAGCGUACGUAAGGCUCAGUUCUCAGUCCAAAAGGAGUCCUUGAUCUGUGUGGGGUGGCUUCUGGGCAGGGACAGGCAGGGGACAACAACAACGACAUCAGCAAACAGAUCAGAUCAAGGAGGGAACAGGGACAGCUUCAACCCCACUCCCAGGGCAACAAACAGGGACACCAGUAGAAACGCUUCGUAGAAUUGCAAAUGAACAGAUUUAUUUUAUAUCAAAAACAAAAUAUUACAAGAUCAACGCCAAGCUGAAGAAAACAGACCCCAAGAACACAAGCAAGAAAUUUCGGAAAAAGUUUAAUUGAAAAAAAAAAUAAAUCAAAAGAAAAAGCAGCGAGCCUGUACCCGGUCCCUGGUCCCUGGUCCCCGACAUUUAGUGUAUAUAAAAAUCCUGAACUUCGUGGCCUGAAAAGCGGUAGAAAACUAAAAAUUUGAUUCAACAACAUACAAAGAAUUUUUUCAAAUACAAAUAUAACUUUCGGCAAACUUAUCCCCUGUGCAGAGAACUCUCAAGCAAAUUCUGCUCCUUUAAAACAAAAUUAAAAAAUUAAAUUAAGUCCACACAUCCAUUACUCAGUGUGUCGAUAUUUCUUUAUUAUACUAUGCAUGUGUGAGUGUUUCUAAAUUCGAUAAUUUGGACUCAAUUAUUGGUUUGCCGGGAGAGGUCGAUGUGUCCAUGUGGUUGUGUGUAAAAAAAAGAACAAAAACUAAAAAAUAAUAAUUUAAAAAGAAAGAGAAACAAGAAACACCAAAACUUACAGCGAAAGCGAAGUGAAAACUAGUUCUAUAUUUAAAAUUCGUCUUUCGUGUGCAAUAUAUUUCAUCUAGACAGAGAGCAACAACACCAAUACUACUUAACGAUAAUCGCGAUUAACGAUAACGAUAACUGAUAGCUGGAAAGGAGGUUAUCGCCAUCGCACCAUAAAAAAUCACUUAAAAACAAACUAAAUACUAACUUAAAUUAAAUUAAAGCUACGAGCUACAAACGGCUUUUUAGAGACUAAGAUGAAACCCCACAAAUAAAAUAACUAACAUAAUUGAACCAUAAAAAGAAGAUGACGAACACAGAAGGGAAACAACGCAAAGUGAAGCUGAAUGCUGCAUUGUGAAAACGUACUUAUGAUAAAUGCUAAAUAUUAGUCAAAUUAAACAAAAACCAAACGAAAGAACAGAAACAAUUACACGUGUAAAGAAGGCAAGAGAGAGAAAAUGUGAAAGCGAUAUACGAGAAGAACACCAAACACCAAACAAGUUCCACAUCUACAUAUGUUGUUCCGUUACCCAGCGAAAGGGGGAAUACCCUAGGGAAUUAUUUGUCCUUUGUUUCCUUCUUCAGAUCUUUUGUUGGUCUGAGAAAAUCAGAACUAGUCUCAAAAAGUUUUAAAAAAGGCAAAGGAUCUACUUAAGGCCGUCCAAGCACCACUCUUCUUCAAUCUGGGGGUGGCGGUGCUGGACAUUGGCAAAUAAUAAAUAUCUCAAAUUUGUUUAAUUUUGUGCGUAUUUUCUAGUUUAAGUGGAGGAUCCCCUGACUCCUGCCCAUGCACAUCAACCAUUUCCUCUUCCUUGCCCACGAUCCCCCUGCCACCCAAAAACAGCGAAAGCCAACCAACCAACCAAUCAAUCAACCAGCCAAGAAAUACUUGCUAUCUAUAUAUAUAUGUAUACUUAUGAUAUAUAUAUAUACUUUUUGUUGCCUACAUUGUUUUUAUACCUAUAUAUAUGUAUAUGAGAUAUAUAUUAUGUAACUUAUUUAUUUAUUGUAUUUAUGUAAAUGAUAUAUUAACCAAACACACCCAAACAUACCGCGCCCCACACACAUAAACAGACUGCGACAGUACGAGGAAAUAUGUGUACAUAACUCAAUUUGUUUCCAGCAGAAAAGCAAAAGAAACAGCAACAAAUGUGCAAAUAGCCACGCCCACACAAAGAAGAACAAAUUUUUGGAAAUGCAACGUAAAUACCAAUAAAAGUGUAAAACAAGACAAAUUAUUUAUUUAUUUGUAAAUGAGAACAAAGAACAACCUACUAUAUAUAUUUCUUCUGGCUUAACUAUUAGUUAAAAUUAUAAUUGUUGGAUAUUUUACUAACGUUAAAAAAA